AUGUCGUCCCUGUCGACAGCGGCGGCACAGUCGCACUCGUCCCGCUUACGCAGUAUCUCCCUGACUGGGACCCUGAACAGCAGCAGGGGUCCUGCCAUCGAGCCAGGGCGAGAUGCUGAUCAAAGAGCGCCUGAAGACGGCAAUCGAAGCGGUGGACGAGGAGCCCAAAAGGCGAAGAAACGAUGGGUGACGACAUGGUACGCGAUGAACAUCUGCAUCGCGCUCGGCGCUAUCACGACCGGAGUCGCGAGCGGCAGGCAUCGAUCAGCACGGCCGUCCCAGCGGGCUCUCGACGCUCUCGGUGUCAUACCUCGCUCGCGCACGGGGCAGCGGCAAGCGCCAUGCACUGCAGCGGGCUGGAGGGUAAGAGUGAUUGUUUUGUGCACGCAUACUGGAACUGCGUUCUAA